AACUUUAGUUAAUCCUCUUGCUGUCUCGGCCAUACCGUGCAAAUACAGUUAAGCCAAAUUUAAAUGUUUGAUCCCAUCAGUUUAUGAGAAAAAAAAAAAACACUUAAAAGGGAACCUCGUGAUCAAAAUAAAUAUGUCCAGGUACAAUUAAAGUGGUUUAAUAGCAGUUACACCACAGGAAUGUUUUUUUCCCCCAAAUUAUUACAGAUUCAUGUGUUGCGCAAAUAAACAUUUUUUUUUUAAUGUAAAUGAAUUUUUUGCUCCGUUUAGGGUUCUUUUCUGUCUGGAUCACAAUGAGCUUAAUAAUCACUGCCACAGCACCUGUCCUGUCCUGGGAAAGUGGUCCUUAUUAUAAUUAUUGAAGACACGGCAAGGAACGCCUUUCUUUUCAGUGGUCGUUGGAACCGGAAGUGGUGACGAACCGUUUCCGGUCGAGAUCCCGGAAGUAGAAAUGCGGUGAGUCGGUAAGUUUGCAGGUCCUGGAGGAGUCGCUGCUCCAGCAGAAGAGCUGAUCGAUGACAUGUGACGUGCGGUGCGCGGAACGCGAUUUUAGCGGCCUGUCAGCGUGAACCGGCGCGGUGCCGAGCGAGCGAGUCGGGGACCUGCGACUGGACCGCAGUGGCCACCGACGAACGCACACGCAGUGCUGCUGCUGCUGGGACGGACGGACGAACGGACGGACGACAAGAGGAGGAAGAAGUGAAGUCCGCUGCGCUGCGCUCUCCUUUCACUCUCGUCUCGGCUCACUCUGGAAUGUAGUUCGGAUCAUCAGCAGGAGCAGGAGGAGGAGGAGCAGACAUGCCGGGCCGCCUGGAGUACGGGGAGCUUGGGGACAGCCUCCCGACCAUCGCUUCCCUCAACGCCUCCUACACACAAGUGUCUCAGGCCGCCUCCUCGCCCUAUGCGCCCUGGGCCUCCGGAGAAAGGCGUGCGAUCUCUGACGUGCGCCGCACGUUCUGCCUCUUCGUCACCUUUGACCUGCUCUUCGUCUCUUUGCUGUGGAUCAUUGAGCUGAACAUCACAAAGUCAAUCUGGCAGAAUUUGGAGAGGGAGGUGGUCCAGUACAGCUUCCAGUCAUCCUUCUUCGACAUCUUUCUCCUGGCAGCGUUCCGCUUCCUGUGCCUCCAGUUGGCCUACGCUGCCUUCCGCCUCAGGCAUUGGUGGGUCAUUGCGAUCACCACGCUAGUGACCAGUGCCUUCCUCAUCGCCAAAGUAAUCAACUCUGAUCUGCUAUCCCAGAAUGCCUUCGGCUAUGUUCUGCCCAUCACUUCGUUUGUGGUGGCCUGGCUGGAGACGUGGUUUCUGGACUUCAAAGUGCUGACCCAGGAGGCUGAAGAUGAAAGGGCAUUCCUGGCAGUCCUGGGUGCAUCGCGUCAGCACGGCCCCAUGCUGUACCCCAGCGCCGUGUCUGACGGCCAGUUCUACUCCCCGCCUGAGUCCUUAGCAGGCUCUGAUGAGGAGUUUGAUGAGGAUGGACAGGGGCGCAGAGCAGUCACAGCUCAGGAGAAGGAGUUUGUGCGACAGGGUCGAGAAGCCAUGACUGUGGUGGAGCAGAUCCUGGCCCAGGAGGAGAACUGGAAGCUCGAGAAGAGCAACGAGCUUGGCGAUGCUGUGUACACGCUGGAGAUCCCCUUCCGUGGCAAGACUUUCAUCCUCAAGGCUUUCAUGCAGUGUCCAGCAGAGCUUGUGUACCAAGAAGUCAUCCUGCAGCCAGAGAAAAUGGUCCAGUGGAACAGAACCAUCUUAGCUUGUCAGAUCCUGCAACAUGUCGAUGACAACACCUUGGUGUCAUAUGACGUGUCGGCCGGUGCGGCGGGGGGCGUGGUUUCCCCCAGGGACUUUGUGAACGUGAGGCGCGUGGAGCGUAGCCGCGACCGCUACAUGUCAGCGGGAAUGUCCACCAUCCAUGAGGCCAAGCCACCCCACAGCCGCUACGUCCGGGGGGAGAACGGACCGGGAGGGUUUGUGGUCCUCAAGUCCAGCAGCAACCCUUCUGUGUGCACCUUCAUCUGGGUCCUAAACACGGACCUCAAGGGUCGACUGCCUCGCUACCUCAUCCACCAGAGUCUGGCAGCCACCAUGUUCGAGUUCCUGACCCACCUGCGCCAGAGGAUCAAUGAUUUGCGUUCCUUUCGGUAGAAAACUUGGCCAUCAUGAUGCUGCCUGCAGUGCCUCCUCUGGCUUGGAGGCGACACGGCAGCUGCUCGAACAUCGGACUUGUAUUACCCUCAUGUUCUGGGUUUGGAGAGCCUAGAUGAGCUCAGUUCAAUCUCAUCACACCAAAUGGAGGAAUGGAAGGUGUAACACAAUAAUCCGUCCAUCUGCACUUCGCUGGAGUCUUAAUAAUUUGAAGGACAAGGGACUAUUUUUAAGAGCACCUGAACUGAACACUUUUUCAUGCAAAAAAGAAUUAAAUGGCCUGUUGCGCCUUGUACUGCUGAGAACUGUGUUACCGCGGUAGGAGAAUGGAGGACCCCUGAGCUGCACAGUUGUCAUUUUAGGGACCAGGUGCAGGCGCUUGCUAGAGUAUGGCCUGGGGGUAGGGCAGCGUUCUGGGGCCUAACCAGGCGUGAUCCGAAGAAGAAUAGAUGACUACUGCUCUACUUUAAAGUUUACCGUAUGUAGCCUGUGUGAUCUGUGUCACAUGUGACUCCACAUGUUGUUCACGGAGCGAUUUGUUUUCGUUUCUCACAAGAGCCUGAGUGCUGUUUGCUACCCCUCUUACUAACUGACAGCGCAUCAGUCUGGAUGGAUGAAGGUUUGACACAUUGCCAGUUUGCACUGUGCUUCUCUUGCCCUCAGUUUGCUGUGAUUUGGGUAAAUUCGCUUCCAGUUCCGUCUACAGCCACUCAAGUAAGAGGAAGGCACAGGAGCUGGGAGUCUGUUGUCGCCUGAACAGAAUUCAGGAAAUCACCUGUUUGCAUUCGUUGACCCCACACCGUGCUUUUUUUUUUUUUUCUUUUUUAAAAAAAAAAAAAAAUCUUU